GUUUUUUGAACAGCAUGUUUCCCGUAGUUCCACGUACGGGUUGACAGUCUCUACACUGUGCAGGCUUCCAUAAUGAAGUUUGUUUCCUAAACCCAGAGGGGACAGUCACAGCAGAAGAAAAAAGGAAUGGCAAUAUCUCAGAAUGGCUUGACCAUCUUUCUCCUAUUGACUCUUAUUAUUUUGGUAGCGGGGAACUUUGUUGAAUUCUCAAGUCCAGCUUUACUAGUGCACUAUGAAGAAGAUCACUUUCUACCUCACACCAGGGAGAAAAGGGAUGCGCUGCUAGCUCAGGUUGACUACACAGUAGAUGUAGAACUGAAUGUUACAGAUGUCAAGACAUUGGACUACCUUAGGAGUCGCCUUAUCAACGGCAGCUUUUCCCUGGACUUGGGUCCCACUGUGAAUGUCACACACAUUGACAUUACCACAGUGUGCUACCCAAAUGGUACCAACUUCCGGUGCAGAUGUGAGGAUCAGUAUGUUUGGUCAUAUCAGAACUGUAAUACAUAUGGAGCCUGUGAUGAAAUCAAUGACGACACAUGUGGGUGCAUCAACAGUAUUCCAUCUCAGGGGCAAUACUGCCAGCCAAAGAAAGUACCUCCAAUUGUUUAUGAAUACCAGAUUUUCAUUGAAGUGAACACUACAGACGCAGAUCAACUGAGAAACACCGUGAACAAUAUCCCAUUCCCCGUCCAAAUCAGCAAGCAAAUAAACAUCUCAGAUGUCGAGAUCACUACAGUUUGCAGCCAAGAUGGCCAUGGGUUCCUCUGCCACUGUGAGGAUGACUACCUUUGGCCUUGUGACAAGUGUGCCACCUAUGGGAAAUGUUAUGGUGAUAAAACCAACACAUGUGGGUGCAUCAAAGCUAUUCCUACAGAUGGACAGUAUUGUCAAUCAAUAAAUCAUCAAAACUUUUCAGUGUGUCCUUCAACAACAACAACUUCACCAACAGCCCCUCCAAUUGUUUAUGAAUACCUCAUUUCUGUUGAGUUGAACAUCUCAGAUGUGACAGAAGUAAAUCAACUGAGGACCAUUCUGAGCAGCAUCACUUACCCCGUCAGCAUCAACAACCACAUACAGAUCUCUGAUGUCAGCAUUUCUACAGUUUGUUACCCAAGUGGUACAACAUUCCAAUGCAGAUGUGAAGAACAGUACCGUUGGCCUUGUCAUAUGUGCUCUACUUUUGGCAAAUGUGAUGAUAUAUUGGACAACACUUGUGGAUGCAUCAAUGCCAUUCCUCCAGAUGGGGUUUAUUGCCAGUCUGUUGAUCAGUACAACUUUACAGCUUGUCCUGUGACAACACCCUCUCCUUCACCAACAAGUCCACCCAUUGUUUAUGAAUACCUCAUUUCUGUUGAGUUGAACAUCUCAGAUGUGACAGAAGUAAAUCAACUGAGGACCAUUCUGAGCAGCAUCACUUACCCCGUCAGCAUCAACAACCACAUACAGAUCUCUGAUGUCAGCAUUUCUACAGUUUGUUACCCAAGUGGUACAAUAUUCCAAUGCAGAUGUGAAGAACAGUACCGUUGGCCUUGUCAUAUGUGCUCUACUUUUGGCAAAUGUGAUGAUAUAUUGGACAACACUUGUGGAUGCAUCAAUGCCAUUCCUCCAGAUGGGGUUUAUUGCCAGUCUGUUGAUCAAUACAACUUUACAGCUUGUCCUGUGACAACACCCUCUCCUUCACCAACAAGUCCACCCAUUGUUUAUGAAUACCUCAUUUCUGUUGAGUUGAACAUCUCAGAUGUGACAGAAGUAAAUCAACUGAGGACCAUUCUGAGCAACAUCGGUUACCCCGUCAGCAUCAACAACCACAUACAGAUCUCUGAUGUCAGCAUUUCUACAGUUUGUUACCCAAGUGGUACAACAUUCCAAUGCAGAUGUGAAGAACAGUACCGUUGGCCUUGUCAUAUGUGCUCUACUUUUGGCAAAUGUGAUGAUAUAUUGGACAACACUUGUGGAUGCAUCAAUGCCAUUCCUCCAGAUGGGGUUUAUUGCCAGUCUGUUGAUCAGUACAACUUUACAGCUUGUCCUGUGACAACACCCUCUCCUUCACCAACAAGUCCACCCAUUGUUUAUGAAUACCUCAUUUCUGUUGAGUUGAACAUCUCAGAUGUGACAGAAGUAAAUCAACUGAGGACCAUUCUGAGCAACAUCGGUUACCCCGUCAGCAUCAACAACCACAUACAGAUCUCUGAUGUCAGCAUUUCUACAGUUUGUUACCCAAGUGGUACAACAUUCCAAUGCAGAUGUGAAGAACAGUACCGUUGGCCUUGUCAUAUGUGUUCUACUUUUGGCAAAUGUGAUGAUAUAUUGGACAACACUUGUGGAUGCAUCAAUGCCAUUCCUCCAGAUGGGGUUUAUUGCCAGUCUGUUGAUCAGUACAACUUUACAGCUUGUCCUGUGACAACACCCUCUCCUUCACCAACAAGUCCACCCAUUGUUUAUGAAUACCUCAUUUCUGUUGAGUUGAACAUCUCAGAUGUGACAGAAGUAAAUCAACUGAGGACCAUUCUGAGCAACAUCGGUUACCCCGUCAGCAUCAACAACCACAUACAGAUCUCUGAUGUCAGCAUUUCUACAGUUUGUUACCCAAGUGGUACAACAUUCCAAUGCAGAUGUGAAGAACAGUACCGUUGGCCUUGUCAUAUGUGCUCUACUUUUGGCAAAUGUGAUGAUAUAUUGGACAACACUUGUGGAUGCAUCAAUGCCAUUCCUCCAGAUGGGGUUUAUUGCCAGACACUGUCAGAUCUCUUGAUUUGCCCAGCUCCUUCAGAUGAGACCACAACUGUUGCAACAACACAAAACACUACUGCAGUCUUAUCAACCCCUACUGUCAUAACAGAUUCAACAAAAACAGCUACAACAGAUGUGAACACAACAGUUACCACAGCACCAACAAGCUUCACCCUCUAA